GAAUAUGGACAGACCAACCCGCAGCGAGAAGUAGUCUGGGCCGGAGGAGGAAAGAGAUGGAUGACAGAGAUCCUGUUUGGAGUCCGGUCCUGGGCUACACCGGUCCGAGUGGUCAACGUUUCGGAUAGGAAUUUGCAACGGCUUAUUCUUGAGAGUACCGAGUCGCGUCAAGGCCGGAUGCGUGCUGAGCGCCUGGAGCAGUUGAUGCGACUUCGUGACCCUCCCGCGGUGCCACGACCAGAGUACCAAUGGCCUACCAAACUCCUCGUACGCCCCAAGUCUCAGGAUGCGGAAGUCAGGAUGGUACAGUUGCAGGAACAACCGGAGGUUGUAGAGGUUUUCCUCGCUGCGCGACGUGGAGCCACCCCAAAACCGGAGGCAAAGCGGCUCCGGAGCGCAGAGGACCUGAGAGAAGAUCUAACCACCGUUUCAAGAGCAAGGGAUCCAGAAUGUCACCCGACGUUAAGUCUGGAUCAUUUCGCCUCAGGAACGAACGACGCUUCAGAGUUCGUUCCAGAAUUCGACUCGGAGGACGUACUAGAGGAUGUCCUUGAAAGCGCAUUGGACGAUUUCUCAAGCGCCAUGGAUGACGCCUCGAACCUCUCAGAUACUCCUGUCCAAAGACUGGAACGAGAAUACGAGCGUGUCAUGCGAGGGACAGUGGAAGAGUUAGAUCUGGAACCAGCUGUAUAUCUGCGAGAAGGGACGGAGCUCUUGGCUCAGUUGAGUAAUCAUCUGACUAUGUUUCCAGAUUUAGAAGAACUGAGCCCGGAGUGUGACAUCAACAAAGCUGACGUUGGUGUACCAGGCGUCACGACCCCAGAGAUGGAGGACAAGAUGUGGAAGAUCUUGAAUUAUCAUCGUCGCAUCUUUUUAGGUGAUGGCAAUGCCGCACCGGCCCCAGCUCGUGGAGUCGUUUGUGAUUUGGAUGUAGGUGAUGCGACGCCGAUAGCGCUGCGUGCUCGACAGAUCGCCUCCAGAUAUCUGGUGAAAGUUUACGAACUGCUGAAGAAGCUCCUAGAGACUGGACUCAUUGAACAUUCUGAAUCGGAGUGGUCAUCUCCGAUCGUGAUCGUUUUGAAGAAGAAUGGAGAGGAUAUCAGAAUGUGCGUUGAUUAUAGGCUGGUUAAUCAGAAUCGCGAUACCCUCUACCGCCGAUUGACGACUUGCGGACUGACUUUAACGCUGCGGCAUGGUUCAUGA